UCAAAUAAAACAAUUCUUUUUAAUAAAUAUGGGGGCACAGAUGUUUUAUAUGUAGAUAAUUUACCAAUCCCUGAACCAGGAAAUAAUGAAGUAAGAAUUAAAAAUAUAUGCAUUGGUAUUGGUAGAGUAGAAGAAAUUUAUCGUAAUGGUGAAAUUCAAGGUAUUGAUGUCAAAUUCCCAUCAUCAUUAGGCUAUGAGGCAUCAGGAAUUGUUGAUUCAGUAGGUAAAGAUGUUAAAAACUUUAAAGUUGGUGAUAGUGUUUCUGCACUUCAAAAUACAAGCCAAGACAAAUAUACAACAAAUGGGGAAUACUGUAUCCAACCUGAAACAUCAUUAGUAAAGAAUCCAUCAAAUGUUAGUCACGAGCAAGCAAGUUCAAUUUGGUUUUCAUAUUUAACAGCAUACUUUCCAUUAAGAAAUUUAAAAGAAAAUGAUUUUAUUUUAAUAACUGCUGCAAGCUCAAGUACUGGUCUUGGGGCAAUUCAGCUUUCUAAAAUAUUAGGUGCAAAAGUUAUAGCAACUAGUCGUAGUAAUUCAAAAAAACAACAACUUUUAGAUUUUGGUGCUGAUUAUUUUGUAAACACUACUGAUCCGGUCGAAUUCGAA